UUACAGAUUCCAUUUCCCGCAAAAUGUUGAGAGACUAUGACCUUUCAACUUUACGGAAUAGUACGGAAAUAAAUUCAAGUCAUAUUUCUGCUUUAAUUUGUACUACCAUCAUAAAAUUAUAAAUAAUCAAUAUAUAUCAUAUCUUACAUUGAUUCAUUUAGUCGUCUUUUUACAAUUUUGAUAAAAAAAAUGUGCCUGAACUCCGUGCCGUGAAAUUUGUAGACCCCGAAUUAGCCAUCUUCUAGAAAAGAGAAAGCUUUGCCGAUAUUAUUGCAGAAGAGAUCACAAAUUGCACGUCUUUCACAAACAAGGAAAAUGUCUACCCGCAUUUACAUAGGCAGACUUUCACACAGAGCUAGGGAACGGGAUGUUGAGAAAUUUUUCAAAAACUAUGGCAGAGUUCGAGAAGUCCUUUUAAAAAAUGGUUAUGGUUUUGUGGAAUUUGAGGACUACAGAGAUGCAGAUGAUGCUGUGUAUGAACUGAAUGGCAAAGAGCUGUGUGGUGAAAGGGUGACAAUAGAGCAUGCUAAGGGUACCAACAGAGGUCGCGAUCGUGGAUACGGAGGCGGCGGUGGUGGCUAUGGAGGUGGCGGCUAUGGUGGUCGUGACUAUGGCGGUGGUGGCAGACGCAGGUACAGCGACCGUGAUGAUGGGAAGCCCAUGAAUUCGAGAUAUGGUCCACCAACGAGAACAGAAUACAGACUCAUAGUAGAGAAUCUAUCAUCCAGAGUCAGUUGGCAGGAUCUUAAAGAUACCAUGCGUCAGGCUGGGGAGGUGAAUUAUGCUGAUGCUCACAAACGCAAUAAAAAUGAAGGUAUUGUGGAGUUUGCAACCUACAGUGAUAUGAAGAACGCCCUUGACAAACUUGAUGAUACAGAAAUCAACGGCCGUCGUAUAAGACUGAUUGAGGACAAACCUAAGAGAUCAAGCAGAAGAAGUCGUUCCAGGAGUCGAUCUCGCUCCAGGUCUAGGAGUCGAUCCAGGUCUCGCUCUAGGUCUCGUAGAUCCCGUUCACGCUCCAGAUCCAGGAGCCGCAGCAAGUCAAGGAGCCGCAGCAAAUCCAGGAGCAAGAGCCUCAGCAAGUCGAGGAGUAGAAGCAAAUCUAGGAGUAAAUCUCGUUCUAAAUCCCCAAUGAAGGAUGAUGACAAAGAUGAUAAAGAUGAUUAGACAGUGAUAAGACACUAUGAAUGAACAGAGAGUCUGUGAGACUCACAUUCAUUUUAUGGGGGAGGGAAGGGGUCUUUUCAAUUGUAAUUUUUCUCACUGGGAGGGUUAAAGCAUGUACUAAUGAUAUUGUGGAAGAUGGUAGGUGGGGUAUGUGGUUGAAAGUAUUUUGUUACUGUUCAAAUAGAUUCAUUUUACAAAAAUCAUGCCUUACAACUUAAAACCAACACUUAUUAAUAAGUGCUUAGAAAUAAGGUUAAUUUUUGGGGAGGGGAGGGUUUUCAUAAGUUGUCAAGGUUACGUGUACAACUUGGGGAGAUUUUAUAUAUUUUUUGAUGUACUGUUGAUUGUAGAUGUAAGUGAAUAUUCACAAAUAUGAUUGUCACAUGUAAAUCAAAUUAAAUGUCAUUCUUCUAUGUAAAUAUUAAGUCAUAUAUGCACAUUUCAUAUUCAUGGUGAGUAUUUCUUAAUCUUGCAAAAACAUAUUUUUAGUUCAAGUCAUUCUACUGAACAAUCAUUAUAUCGAGCAUUCAAAGAAACAUGUGGCAACACUUUAUUGUAUGUAGGAAAGCAAAGGAGAAAUAAAUUAACUGUAUAAAUUUGAAA